GAAAGAAGAAGAAACGCGUUUGCGCUUCCGUUGCGUGCAUGCUGAUGAUUUGAGAAACAUUCAGUUUCUGUGGUUCUUCUGAAUUUGUGUUUUAAUUUUUUUCAUUUCAUUAUGUCUGUUAAAUUAAACGCUCUUUACAGCGAUUCGUAUGUUGAUAUAAGCCAAUACAGAGACCAGCAUUUCAAGGGUAACCGCUAUGAGCAGGAGAAGCUGUUGCGUCAGAGUUCGACACUGUAUGUGGGGAAUCUGUCCUUCUACACCACAGAGGAGCAGGUACAUGAGCUCUUCUCUAAGAGUGGAGACGUCAAGAGAAUCAUCAUCGGCCUCGAUAAAGUCAAGAAGACUGCCUGUGGAUUCUGUUUUGUUGAAUAUUACACUCGGGCUGAUGCUGAGCAUGCAAUGAGGUUUAUUAAUGGCACCAGACUGGAUGAUCGGAUCAUAAGAACAGACUGGGACGCUGGCUUUAAAGAGGGCAGACAGUACGGCCGUGGAAAAUCAGGCGGGCAAGUCAGAGAUGAGUACAGACAGGACUAUGACCCCGCCAGAGGGGGUUAUGGGAAGCUUGUGCAGAAAGCGUGAAUGUCCCGUGUUGGUUUUGACUAUUCCAGUUCAGAGAUCAAUACAGGCAGGGUUAUGAUCCUGCCAGAGGGGGCUAUGGGAAAUUAACUCUGCUUCAAAGUGCACUCGAGGGCCGUCAGACAUUUUAAUGUUUUGGAUACACGGGGACAAAUCUGUAACGAAUUCAUGAUGAUUUUUUUUUUUAUUAUUAUUAUUUUUUAAAGUUUAGCCCUUUAAUGCCUGAAAAUCAUUCAGUCUGACUGGUGUAGUCUGGUUUCUCUUUUUUUUUUUUUCAAUGUUUUUUUUUUUUUAAUAAAUAUGGUGUUUUUUUUAAUCUAUGUGCCAUUUGUUUGAGUUGUAGUGUUUGUCCUUGAGAAGAAAUCAGCGUAUACUGAUUGCAUAAGCUCUUCAUGGUCACCAGUAGACCUUAUUCACAGUAACACCAUCUUUAAUUUUUGACAGGAAUGACAAUGAGGGUUGGUUUGUUUAAAGGGUUUUGAAUCAUUUCACUGAUGAAACAAAAAAAUAUUUCCAAGAAAUUUCAGUAGACAUUAAACUACAGAAAACAUGGAAAAAUUGAGUUGUUAAAAAUUACAUAUUAUGUAGGAGCUUUAUUCAGCACAUGCCACUGAGAUAGUUUAAGUCCCUCUCAGCCUUGUUUUCAUUCCCGUCAAAUUUAAUAUGGCCCUGUUGUGAAAAAGGUCUAUGGCCUGUACAUAAAAUAUGUCACCCAGGGAAAUGUAGUGCACAUUAAUAUUAAAUAUGAACAUAUAAUGGUUAUUAGUGAGACACCGCAUAGAAAUCCAGACUGUUGCCGUUCUCUUGCAUAACCCUUAUGAAACCUAAAGGAGUGGCUUUCACAUGACUCGCUUCAACGCCGAUUAUAUCGCUUGGAGACGCAGCCCGACGUCAUUCCAUAAAGUUCAGUGUAACACGGCACUCAAAAGUUUGAGCAAUUUCAGCGUUGACCCUGUUUCCGUUUAUCUUUCAAAGCAUAGGCCAAUGAUUACGGGGCAAUUUUUGUAAAUGCAUAUGUCCCAAAUGUGUUAUCCAAACACGUUUUUGCCUCACUAAUGAUGUCUUUUGUAGUGCAAAGCAACAAAAUAUGUAAACACUCAAUUCAGCGAGCAGUUAUUUAAUUAAAUUCAAGAAAAGACCUUGAUGUAAACGAGUCCUCUAAUUACUUUCUGAACUCAAAAGCAAGGUCUCUUUUCUCUUCUAAAUACGUUUUCAAAAUACAUGUAAAAUCACCCCUCCGCGAUGCUAUCUGUAACCCUUUUUAGGUGGAAGUCAAAGCGGUGCUAGGCAUUGAUGCCCCGACCCACGAGUAAAUAAGGAGGGUAAAGAUAAUAAUAUGGUCAGUAAAUCUCAUAUUUUCUACAUUUAAAAAAAAAAAAAAAAAGACACUGUAAUGUUGAUGCCAUUAGUUAAGCUUAACUAUGCAACCCUGGAAAAAAGUAUAAAAUAUUUUGAAUUCAUGGGAAAUAAGUUUGACAAUUACUCCACCAAUACUUGGUCCCCUUUUAAGUGAUAGCUUAAUAUAGGCUAAAUGUGCAGCCCUGUUACUUCUAAUAACCGUUCUGGCAGAGUGGCUUUUGUAUUCAACUUUGAACAUAGCAUUUCAUUAUUAUGUAGAAUUAUUUAAAGGGAUAGUUCACCCAAAAAUGAAAAUUCUCUUUAACAUUUACUCACCCUCAUGCCAGCCCAGAUGUAUGUGACUUUCUUCAGUAGAACACAAAGACUUUUAGAAAAAUAUCUCAGCUCUGUCAGCCCAUACAAUGCAAUUGCGUGGUGAGCAGACCUUUGUAGCUCCAAAAUUACAUAAAGGAAAACUAGAAGUAAUCCAUAAGACUCCUUAAAGCCAUACCUUCAGAAGUGACAUAAUAGGUGUGGGUGAGAAACAGAACAAUAUUUGUCAUUUUUUACUCAAAUUCUCCACUUUAACUUUCAGCUAAACAGCCACCACGUUACUUUCAGUUGUAUAAGUGAAAGUGGAGAUUUAGAGUAAAAAAGACCUUAAAUUUGGAUCUGUUUCUUACCCAGACCUGGGAUAACCUCCUCGUGGUCGCUAUAAUGUGGUUCUUGCUCUCUGUGGGGUGCAUGGUUUGUUGUGCGUGGAUGCCGCAGAGAAUAGCGUGGGCCUCCACACACGCUACGUCUCCGCGGUAACGUGCUCAACAAGCCACGUGAUAAGAUGCGCGAUAAGAUGAGAUUCGUCCUGAAGAUAAGAAUUUAAACACUAGAGUCUGAUGGAUUACUUCCAUGUUUCCUUUAUGUAAUUUUGGAGCUACAAAAGUCUGAUCACCAUUUAAUUUAAUUGUAUGGACCUACAGAGCCAAGAUAUUUUUCUAAAAAUCUUUGUGUUAUACACAUCUGGGAUGGCAUGAGGGUGAGUUAAUGAGUUAAUUUUAAUUUUUGGGUGAACGAUCCCUUUAAUUGCUAGGGCAUAGUGAAAUUACACAAACCAAGGUUUUUAAACUCUAUUCAGACACAUCCUAAAUAUUGGUAUCAUAUGGCAAACCUCAUAAUAUAAAAUAUAACAGCACAUGUUUAGUUUGACCUCCUAAGGUGGAUGAGCAACAUUUUCUGAAGGUUAAACACCAUUACACUGAUAGGGUCUGCUUUGUUUAAAGAACAAUUUUGAGCCCUGUUUUAUAGCCUGUUCAUGGAAAGUGCCCAAUGUGUUUGCAAGCACACAGCAGACAUGGUACUGGUUAUUCAACAUGGUUUUAUGUGUUUUUAAAUAAUGGUGAACUAGUAGUCAGGAACUUAGUCAUAUCACUAUCUGAGGUUAUGAUCUGUUGGUAGAUUUCAAGUAACAAAAACGACAGUAUCAGUACAGCUCUCUGUGACUCCUGAAAUGAUUGGUCUCUGACAAGGAUAAAUGUACUGUCCUAAAUAUGUUUGUACCAAGCUGCAAUUACACAAUGUCAAAAACUUAGAACAGUAGGCCCCAAUUUUGAUUAUUGUCAUACAUCACAAACACUUGCUUUAUACAUUUUGCCAAGUCUCUGUUUGUCUUAAAGUAGUAUUUCACUCAACAAUUAAAAUCCUGUCGUUAUUUACUCCCCCUCAAUGUUAUUCCAAACCCAAAUGACUUCCUUCUAUGGACCUCAAAAGUUGAUUAUAAGCCGAAUGCUAGCCCCAGUCACCAUUCACAGUAAGUCAUACAGGUUUGGAACAACAUAAGUAGAGUAAAUAAUGAGAGAACUUUCAUUAUUGGUUGACCUAUCCCUUGAACCGAUGAUAACAGUCACUUUACAUGAUUUCUUCAGAGCAGCCUUCAUCAAUUAAAAUAUAAAUAAAAGGCAUAAACCUGCAGCUUUCACUGCAACAAACUCAUUGUGCCCAUUUUAAAAUGACCUUUAACUGAUCAAACUUCAGUAAAUGACAAAACUACAUGCUUGCGUUUCUGAAACACUUUAGAAAGUGUCAAGAGUGUUUCUAAAAAGAACGUCCAAGCAAAAACGGUUGAGAACAAACAGCUUGACAUCAACUCUGUGGCUCUUUCAUAAAAAAGGUCUGGCAACUCAAGAGUAUAAUUUAAAGGGAAACCGUUAACAGCAUCCUGGUACGGGACAUGCCUAGGAACUCGGAAAAGGUGGUUAUUAAAGGUUAUGGGGGUGGUUGCUUCAAUAUCACGGGGCAAUCGAACUUCGGAACCCUGGCUGGGGUACCUGUUCUGCUUUUUCUUUUAUUCUUAUUUUCUUUAUUAUUUCCAUGUUAAGCACUAUGAAUUACCACUUUGUAUGAAAUAUGCUAUAUAAAUAAACUUGUCUUGCCUAUCGCCACUAAA